GGAUCCACCAAUCUUGCAAGCACAUAAUAACACGGAUAUAAUUUUACGGUUACCAAUGGGGAAACGAAUUCGCGAUAUUCGAUGGUUAUCGGUUUGGUGUCGACGAUUUACGGUUGAUUUUGGAGAAGUUUUUAUCCCCGUAGGCUUGGAUGUUCCAAAGCCACGAGUGUUACCUGAAUUCAAGAGACUUGCACACGGAUUACGCUCGAGUAAUAUAAGCGUACUCGAUGCGAAAACUUUCUACAUUCCAAACUUGCACUAUGAUGGAGCGGGUCCUGAUGCCUACUUUUGGGUGGGCAACGGAAGUGAGCCAAACAUUAUGGGAAUUAAGGUACCAAAUGAGAUCGGGUCUCUAGAGCCAUUGCGUGGGUAUCAAGGGGAGGAUAUUGAAAUUCAGUUACCUGGUAAUCUAACCGUGUACGACAUCGAUUGGUUGGCGGUGUGGUGUGUUGAAUAUAGACAUAAUUUCGGCCAUGUAUAUAUUCCAAAAGAUCUCGAUGUGCCGCCAGCGCUGGGUCAAACCAAAAUAGCGCCACCAUGGUGGUACAGUCCUACAACGACAACACCGAGACCGAAUAUCAAUAACUGUCGCGAGAUCAUCAGCAAUAAAUUGCAAGUGAAAUGGGAAAUCCAAGGAGACUACGUUCAAAUCGAAUUAAUCGGUCGCAUUCGUGAAGACCAGUACAUGGCUUUCGGUUUAUCCGGAACGAAUGGUCGACCGCAGAUGGUUGGAGCCGAUGUUGUUGUCGCAUUUUAUGAUAAAGUGUCGAGGGUGUUCCGAGCUGAAGACUACUAUUUAUCACAUUUGUCGCAGUGUGAUGGAAAGCAAGGCGUCUGUCCGGAUGAACGCAUCGGCGGCAGAAAUGAUGUAACAGUCGUGAUGGCCGAUCGUAAGAGGAUGGUGACUAGUAUCAAAUUCAAACGACCGUUGCAAACCAACGAACCAAUAAAUGAUAUGGCAAUACCAACCGAUGGAUAUGUAUCGGUUAUCGGAGCUAUUGGAACAUUGAAUUCAAGGCGAGAAGCAAAUGCACACUCACACGAUGGAAUGAACGUUAACGCCGAAGAUAUUCGGAUUGAUUUUUCAUCAAAGAUGGAUCAUGACUGCAAAUCGUCGCUAGAUUCAGUGCCAGACGAAAAUGCGCCGAAACCUUGGCCGAUAAGAAAAAUAAUUGGCGCAAAGAACAUUACUGCCCGCAUCGGUCCAACAGGUGGAAAACGAGGCUACGAAGCACAAACGGGUUCACCAUCAUGGGGCAUUGCGUGGUAUUUGAACGAUUUGCUCAUUCCGGAACUGUAUGUGGAACGUGGCGAAACGUAUACAUUCAUCGUUGAGGGUGGCGAUAAAUCAAGCAACCCAGCCAGAUAUCAUCCAUUUUACAUAACCGAUUCACCGGAAGGUGGUCUCGGCCAAGCGUCUGAAGACGAACAACAAAGAACGCACAAUUAUGCCGGUACAGCUAAAGACAGUCAAGGGUACAUCUACCCAACAGCCGCUGGGCGUUACUGUGAAUGGGAACAUUUGGCCGUCGAUAAAUCAGCCGAAUCUGAAACAUUUGAAGACUAUAAGAAAACGUUACGAUUAGUUUGCGAAGAUGGCAAUCCAUUUGUUUUAAAUUGGACAGUUCCCGAAGAUGCACCUGAAGAACUUUACUAUCAGUGUUACUCGCAUAAGAACUUGGGAUGGAAGAUAAUCGUUAAGAACAAAGGAGAAUUAGAGCCAAACAGUAGCCCAACAAGCAUUCGCACAAAUAUAUCGUUGCCAAUUGUAUUCCUAAUUUCAUUGGGAGUCACAUACGUAGCUUCAAUAAGAACGAAAAUUGCCAUACGAUUGGCUUGAUAACGAUUGUAGUCGAAUUAAUUGAAUAAUCAAAACGGUAAUUUUGGCAGCGUGAUCAAAAUAAAAUGAUGGCAGAAGAAAAGAACAAAAGUAUAAAAAAAAUAUUGAAACAUAUUGAUUCGACUCGACUCGACUCGACUUUUUUUUUAAACAUUAACAACGAUUUAAUGCUGAGUUACAAAACAAAGUUGCUCACGCAAAAACCAACGAUCGAUUCAUGACCUUCGGGACACAAUGACCAUAUAUUGGAUCACUUGGACUUGAUCAAAUCGCUUCAAUGCGUUCAUUGAGAUAAAGUCAUCAACAAAAUUAUUAAUCAAAAUUGCCUAAUUUAAUUGUAUUUUUCUCUCCUACGCACAAGGACAAAUUGUUUUUUUUCUUGUGCACAAAAGAAAGAAACGAUUAAAAUGGUCAAUUUUCUUCGAUAUUUGUAUGAAAUUCUGUCAACAAUCGAAGAAUUUCAUGAAAUCACCAACACAAAACAACCAGGCUCGAUAUCGUAUCAAAACAUAUCUUUGUGCGAAUGUUUGUAUGAAUGGGAUCUUAUUACAAUAAGCUCUUCGACGAUUUCUUUUUUCUUUUAACCGACCACCUCUUGAAAUAGCAACAAUUUUCGUUUUCAAUAGCAACAUCAGCAAUAACAGCAACAUCAACAACAAUGGAAAACAAAUCACUUAAUAUGAAUUUUAUGAACAAUUUUAUGUAUGAGGGAGUAUGUGGUUUUGACAAUAAGUUAACUAGUUAAGGAAAAAUCUUCAAAUUAGACAUUAAGAAUGACGUUUGAUUGAAGAAUAACAUAUUUGAAUUGAGCACUAUUGUAAAACGUAACACGUUAGUAGCAUAAAUGACGCGUUGAAGAACCGACAAUUCAUAUAUUAUGCAAAGAAAAGGCAUCGACAUACCACAACACUUCUCCAAUAUUCCGUUCUGUUUAUUCUACCCAUUUUAAGUAGAAUUCAUUGGAACAGUUUUGCUUUCAUUUUUAUAACCGAUUUUUAUUUGUCAAUAACUAUUUUAAAUUCUUUCUGUUUUUGUUUUGUUUUUUUUUUUCAUUUUUUAUUUUAUUUUGAUAAGUCAUAACAUUUUGAAAUCAGAGAAUAAAAAGAACAAAACGGGAGUUACAAUGCGGUGCUAAUUAAAAUCUGCGCAAAAUGAACAUUAAAACAAAUAUUUAUAGGAUAAGAAGAAACAAGAGCGACACUCUGUAAAAUGCUUGGAAUAAUAUGGAAAACGCAGAGGCUGCAUAUUUGCUGCUGAGCAGGCCUGAGCUGAGCUGAAAU